CUUGUCGCGCGCCAGUCUGCGCUUGAUAGCCAACGCAGCUGCCUCCAACUCGCAUUCGUCGGCACAAUUUUGAUCGUUGAUAGUUGACAUUCGUGGCUGUUAUAUUUUUGGUUGAAAGCGUUAACUGGCGUGCUAGCAAAGCGGCUUAACUUAUAGAAUCCCAUUUGCUUUGCGAUUUAUCUAUCAAAAUGUCACUGGCCAAAUUCAAAACGCCUCUGGCAUUCCUCGGUCUCUGUCUCUGCCUCAGCUACAAAGUUCGCUCAGCAGUUGCAGCUCCAGCAGCACGCUAUGAAGACAAUCUCAUUGCAUAUCCCACUUCACCCAGCGAAGUUUUACCCAUUGAACCUCUCUUGAUUUAUCCAGAGACAAGAGAGGUUUACUACCAAGCACGCACACUAGACGGCGAUGAAGAGCGCGAUAUUAUCUUUGUGAAGUUGCUGAAGGAUAAAUCCAAUAGCUAUCGACCCAAGCUGCAGCGUCUGGUCGAGAAGAAGGAGCAGCGUCGCAAGGAGCUGAGCAUGAAGGACAUCUUCUUUGUGAAAGCACGAACCAAUGGACAAUUCAGUCACGAGCGUCUCAAGGUGUAUCGACUGCCGGAGUUCUAUGCCAUCAGCGUGUUUCGCAAUGAUGAGAAGUGAGAAGGGAGGAAGCCGAGGAAGAGGAAGCGGAGCGAGAAUCUAUUGCAUUUUUACGAUGCAACAAAGUUGUUUUAAGUUGUUUAAGUGUAAGACGCUAUAAAUAAAUACCUCAAGAGUUGUUUUAA